AAAUUAAGAAAGAAGAGUGGAAUGAUGGAUGAAAAUUACGUGGAAUAUUUUCCACAUGAACUCCACAUAAGUAUCAUAAUAUUCCAUCGCAUAACUCUUUUAAUUCGAAGAUAAAGGGUAUCCUCGAGGAUGUGAAACGCAAAAUUCACCAUGAAAAAAUUGUUAUUCCUGGGAAUUGAAGCGGACGCUUCUCGAACAAAAUCUCGAGCACGAUUCCACACACUUUUAUUUCUUCCCUUGGAAAAACGUACAGGAUUAAGCUUUUUCCUUCGAAAAUGGUUACUCAUGAAGGAAGCUGUUUUACAUUUAAAUCAAACCAGCCUGUCUCGAAAUCAAUUCGAGGUGUUUUACAAUUUAAAUAUCCCGCCAGAAGAAAUAAAAAAAGGGCUUAUCAAGCGUCACGUCUACCACAGUUUAACUCACUUUUGCUCGAGAUCACGUGAAUUGAGCUUAUCGCGAUUAUCUUUUCUUUGGAAAAUUGGUCAUUUAUUGUGUAAGAAAAUUAAGAGAUUUAUUUUGAAUAAAGAUACUGAUUUUUAGUACAGUGAUUAUAUUUUCUUGAAAAACUAGUUACUUAUGUUACUUCAGUAUAGGAAUAUUUUUGAAU